AUGUUUGGAAAAGAUGCGAUUGUAGAUUGUCACAUUUGUUUGGAUUUUGAGAAAAUUACCACUCUCGAAAAACAGCUUGAAAAAUUCCAGAGAAAACUUCGUCAAGCCAUUGAACAAGAAUCACAAACCACUCCAUUCUCACUUUUAAGAAAUUUGUGCUCUCAAAUCUAUUACAGAACACAAUCCUAUUCGAGUUAUUGUGAAGAAAAUAUUCAACAAAUUGAAAAACAAUUAUUAGAAUUGAGAAGAGAAGAAAACAUUACUGGAACUGGAUAUGCAUUUGCAACCUUCUUUUCCAUGACAACAGCCAAAACAGUUUGUGAUGAAUAUGUGACUGAUUUUAUGGGAUUUUUGAUCUCUAAAAAGUACAUUUCAAAUACUCUUUCAAAAUUGGUGAAAUUCUUGAAACAAUGUUUACCUAUUGGAACAACUAGUCAUCAUUCAACGAUACCAACAACAACACCAACCAGUGACCAGGAGAGUCGAUCCUCUCAACAAUAUAACUUUGCACCCGCCUGUGAAGCAUCCGAUGUCCUUUUUGAGAAUUUAAACAUUUCCACUUCCAAAAGAGCUUCUCGUGUCUUGAUUUCGAACAUAAUUUUAUUUGUAGUGUUACUAGUGGUGUAUACAGUUCUCAUUUUGAACAGUUCUAUUCCAUGGUAUGCCUCACAAAAUAAGACUGAAAUUUAUGGUUAUGCUGAAAAUGUUCUAAAGACACCUACAGAAAUAACCUUUAAAAUAUUAUUGGUUGUUUUGGAACUUUCUCCUGAAAUUAUUUCACUGAUUAACGAGUUGUUUAAACCAUUGGUGGAAAAAUUGGUGAAAUGGGAAAAGCACAAGACGAAUAUUCAUAAGAGAAAAACAAUUCUUAGAAGAACGACCUACUUUUUUGUACUGAGCACCAUUAUAUUUCCAUAUGGUUGGACCUAUUACAAAUCUGUGUGGAGAAUAUUCAAUUCACUACCACCCUUCAACAAUGAAAUUUACUUUUUCAACUUUAUUAGCAUUGAAUUGAUCAUUUUAACCAUUGUCUUGGCCAUCACCUCAAAAGGUUUAGAAAUGAUUGUCAACACCAUUUCAAGUAUUAGAGAUUAUUUCAAAACUGGAGAAUGGCAUCGACCUGUAUUCGACUAUGAAGCUGAAUACAGUAUGAAAAUUACCAUGCUCAUGAUGUGUUUACUUUAUGGAACUUGCAUUCCUCUCAUUUACAUUGUUGCUUUACUGUAUUUUAUUUUAACAUACUUGAUUGACAAGUAUUUGAUCAUGUAUUGGUAUGAAAGAUCGAUGGAAAGUAAUGGAAAUAUUUUGAAUACGGUUGUGGAAAAUUUUGGAAUUUGUUUUAUAUUUUUCCCAUUUUCGAUUAUUGUCUUGUUGCCUGUCUUGUUGAAAAGAAUUAUGACAGCUGUGGUGGAAAUUCCAAUUUUGUUGAUUAUUAUCAUUGGAUUGUAUUUCAUGACAAGAAAAACUAUUGAGAGGGAAAGAGAUGCAAUUAUUAUUGCCUUAAAUGAAAGAUCUGAACAAGAUCAACAACAAUUAUCAGUCACAGUCACACAAAAUUCAAAUAUUGAUGACAAUAGAGAUUCAUUGUUAGACAUUGAAAAUGGAAAGGCAACGAACUUGUGUGAAGAAACACACGUUUCAGCUGAAAAGUCUGUGGAUGAAUCAUCUGAUAUUCAAAACUUCUCUUCUCAUCAUGAUGAAUCAACAUCCAUUGAAAUCAAAGAUUCUACUCUUCAACACAUCGACGAAAAAGAUGCUGAAAAUUCAAAAGACCAAAAUCCAACCAACACUUGCAUGAUUCAAACAGAGAAAGAUGAUGACGAUGAUUUUGUCAUUUUGACUGAGGCGGAUUGGUUUGAACAUUCUCUUCAAAACGCAACCUCUUCUCAUUAUAAGAAGGAAUUUGAAAUUUUCAAAGAAUUCAUUAAUGGAAAAGAGGUUCGUGUGAGAGAAGGAUUUGCAUUUGGAUGUCUCUCGAUUGGCAAGACAAUACAGACAUCCAUAUUUGAGAAAGAUAUUGGGAGAUCGAAUUUCACAACAAUAAAUGUGCCAAUGAAAGGUUUAACAUGA